GAGUCGAUGCUCGCCACGUGUAUCGGUUCCGGCAGGUGCCAUCGGCACAGGUGCUGCGGCAGUACUACAGGGACGCGGCGCUGAUGCUCGGCAACAUCGCGCCGCCGCCGGCUUUGCAGCAGAGGCAGAGGCCAGCCCCAGGUGCGGAGUUGGCGGCGGCUCCCCGAGCCGUCCCCGCGGGAGCGGCGGCGGCGGCAGCGCCGCCAGGCCGCCUCUGGGUGUACGCCGAGGAUUGCGAGGGCCAUCGGCGAGGCGAUGCAGUCGGGGCGCUGCCAGCCGACGCGGUGACGAUGGGAGACCACGGGCUCGUGCAGCUCCAGGAGGGGACCGCCUUCAUACAGAUGGUCGAGCGGCGCAAUCUGGAGCAGUAUGUCAUGGAGGACCUCCGCGUACUGCCAGUGAAGUUCGACGGCACUGGUCAACGUCGCCGCCCCUUCGCCGAGUCCGUCCAGAAGACGGCGGGAGAGGAGCCGGAGGGGGGGCUCGAUUUGACCGGGCCGAGGAUGUGCUUCAACCGUUUGCAGCAGCUCGCCGUGUCCAGCCAGACGCCGAUCACGCAGAGCGAGCAGUGGCGGCACGCGGCUCGGAUUCCGGACGGGGACCGCAGCCCGUACGAGCACGAGGCGCUCUCCCACAUCAUGGAGGCGAUGUGCACGGUCGACCAGUCGAACGCGCCGGCGUUGAAGUCGGCGGAGCUGAUCAGCCGGCGUCUCCAGCUGAUCGAGGACGCGCACGCCUCUGGCGGCAUCGCUGAUUACAGCGCGGCGGACCACUACAUGGGCUGGUCGACCAGACGGUCCGGGGCCGUCCCGGACCCAGGUCUGCGGAGCCACGUGGCCGAGCGGGUUCGCGGGGAGGCAGCCGUGGCCAAGGAGAUGAGGAAGGUCAAGGAGGAGCAGCGCCUGCGCAAGCAGAACCCAAACAGGCGCUGCAUCAGAAUUCAUUCCCGAGUCAUGUGGGGGCUCGUCACGAUGGGCGACGACAUCGGCCUCGGGAACUUUUUCCCCUUCCACCUGUGCCAGCGGAGCCAGCUAUCCGCCCGGGCACGCCUGGUUACCUUCGUCGGCGACUACUGCGACGUGCGGGAGUCCAGGACUUUGUUGGAGCGGUCGGAUGAAUUCAUGCUGUCAGACCCAGAUGACGUUGGAUGGCAGAUGGAGUCAGGUACGCCUCAACAGCUCUACAUGGACGAGGUGCUGCGCAAAGAUCGGUCAGCUUACGUUGGCUUCAUCGCAGACGUCCUGGGCGCUGGGCUGGUGGACUUCUCUGUCACCCCAAAGGAGAUAUGUACACCGUUCUUCGUCGAGAAGAAGAACAAGAAUCUUCGGCUCAUCCUGGAUUGCAGGUGGUCGAACUUGCACUUCCGCCCAGCGCCCAGCCUCGAUAUGGGGACGGGCGCGGCCUGGGCCCGCGUCGAGCGGCCCGCUGGCGACCAUGACCUAUACUUCGCCGGGGCCGACGUCAAGGAUUAUUUCCACAGCCUCGAGAACUCCGCCGAGCUCAAGGAUCCCAGUCCGCCCCCAGCCCACUUGCUGGCGGACAGGGUGCCCGAACCGCCAGCGGCGCGCCCCACCGUGCCGUCGCCGCCAGCAGGUCCGCCCCCAGAACACUUGCUGGCGCUGGCGGACAGUGCGGCUGGACAGCCAGCGGCGCGCCCCGCCGCGCCGUCGCCACUUCCGCCCCCAGCCCGCUUGCGCUUGCUGGGGGACGACGCUUUCGAGGCGUCCGACGUCUUCGAUGCAGAGACGUUGCAGGCGGCCGUCGACGCGGCGUGGCGCUCCUGGGCCCGCGCCCGCACCCAGUGGGAGGAUGCCGUGUCGGUCCUCGCGGCCGCCGUGGCGGCGCGCGACGCAGCGGAGGCGCGGGCCCGUGCUCAGGUCGAGAUCGCUGAGACGCCCGUGCCCGAGGUGGAGGUCCUGCUGACCAACAUCCCAGAGGUCGACGCGACCUUCUCUGUGCUGCGGUGCCCCAAGUGCACGUCAGAGAAGUCCACGGCCCCAGCCUUGGACAAUGCCGCCAGCCUCGCCGACAAGAUCGGCGUGAUUCUCAAACACUUGCGGCGCCUCCGAGACUGCCAGACGCGGCUGCGCCAGGACUCCAGCGAUGAUUUCGAGCAGAAGCUCAACCAGCUUGGCGUGCCGAAGAACGACCUUCAGGACUGCGGAGCCCUGGUCAGGCGCCAGGCGGCGCCCUCCCAGUCCCUGCAGGCCCUUGCUGGUGCCUGCAUGUCCGCCGAUCGUCAUCAGGCCGACGAGCGUGGUCUGGAUGAGGUUGCCGAGCAGAUUUUCUUCCCCGAGCGCUGGGCGCUGCUGAAGGAGAGCAAGGAGUGCAGCAUGAUCGGCCCGAGCAGACCCUACAACGACCUCUACGGUCGCCAGCGCGACGUAUUGACGGACGAGGGCUUCGCUCACCUCCUCGAGCUGAGCCUUCGCGUCCAGCAGGGGGGCACGGUGUUCUUUACGCCCUUGGCUGCGACGUGGCUCCCCUCGGACUCGGCCGCGCAGUCGAGGACGAAGGACAACCCAGGGGGGGGCGCCAGCCAGCAGCUUAUACACGACGCGAACCUCCAGGUCGAGCGGUGCACCAUCGUCGGGAGGCGGAGGUGGACGUGGAAAUUCGGAACACUGAAGAUGGUUUUCGAUGUUCGGUGUCAGGUGCAUCAAGCGUGGGUGCACCCGAUGCCCUCGAUCAUGUGGGUGCACAAGCCAGUGCAUUGCCUGCGGACCCUGGUUGCCAACGUCACGAGUUUCACGUGCCUCGGUGCUUUUGGAGGCGAUGCCCUCGGGGAGAUUCACAUCAUUUCUGAUGACGCGGCGUUCAGGGGUCUGGAGAAGGCAAAACCAUCGGGUGACGAGUUCCAAGCUGCGCCUGAGAUCAGAGGCGCGUAUAUGCCAGAGUUUCCGAUUCAGUUCGUUAAGAAGUGCGCCGAGAUCAUUCGCGGCCUCUAUAUGACAGACCCCUCCAACCAGGACUGGGCCAUGGAGUACGCUCGGCGUCAGGCGAAGCGCGAGAGUUCGCGGCCCGACAUGCCUUGGGCGGAGCUUUGCCCAUCGCCAGCCGAGCGGAUCAUGGCGCGCCAGCUUGGCUUCAUAGUUGGCACCCAGCCAGCCCAGGCCGCCAGCAGUCCGGAACCCCCGCCCCUCGAGGUCGGGGCCUGGGCCAGGGGCCAGACUCCGCGUGGCGACAUGGGCUCGGGCACGCAGCCCCCCGUGGAGCAGCCAGAGCCACCGAGUCUCGAGGCGGGGCAGGAGAGCAGCGGCCAGAGUGACGCAGAGCAGGAGACGAAGCUCGCGCCGCACCUCGAGGAGCCGUCGGCCGACAGCCCGAAGCCGCUGGAGGACCAGUCGAAGGGCCCAGAGCACAUGACUGCGCCAUCGUGCACGCCGCAGCCGAACCAGCCGAAGAACCACGAGCCGAAGAUCCCGAAGAAGCCAGAGCAGCAGCGCCAGCAACCAUCGAUGUUGACGCAGGGUGGAGCAACGGCCGAGAUAUCCGAGCUCGGCGAUCAUGAGAUGAAGAACUUGGCUUUCUGGCUGAAAUUUGAUCGCUUCAGGGACGUCUGCCAGUGGCUCAUGGAGACCCCCGCCGCGGUCAAGCGCACCGCGAAGGAGAACGUGCGUGAUGACGACACCACGCCGCCCAAGAACGGCGCCAAGGACCCGUCCCGUCUACUUGCCAUGGCCAAGAUGGCCGACCAGAUGCCGACGAGGAAGGCCGCCGUCCAGAAGCUGAAGAAGGAGAAGACCACCACCCAGAAGGAGACGGCCACCAUCCAGAAGGAGAAGGUCACCAUCCAGAUGACGAGGAAGGAGAAGGCCGUCAUCCAGAAGACGCUCAAGCAGAAGGCCACCAUCCAGAAGACGCCCACUGAGAAGGCCACCAUCCAGAAGACGCCCACUGAGAAGGUCACCAUCCAGAAGACGCCCAAGAAAGCCACCUCCAAGACGUUGAUCGAGGAGACUGGUGCCGUGGACAGCGAGCCCCUGGUCAGGAGCUGGAAGCACCCGAUCAUGGGUGACAUCGUUGCUGUGUACGGGACUCACAAGAGUUACUCUCUGUUUUUCGAUGAUGAGCAGAAGCGCCGUCUUUUCGUAGAGUGCAGCGCGUCGCAUACCCCGAAGCACGCUGAGCUUCUCAUGAGCAUAAUGAAGCAGUCUUGCUCUAAGAAGCUGAGCAAGAGCUCCACUGUGCUGCUCCGUGCCCAGAUGCUGGCAGCCGAUCGGGAUUGCGGGGCCGCCGAGCAGAUUCUCGAUUCUACCCUCGGUGCGCUGGUCUAUUCCACCAUGCCUCCCAAGGACUCGAAACGGGGUGCUCCAGUGAUCAAGGUACGUUUUGGGUUCCGUUGUGACCAGUUGGAUGGCGCGGCAGGCGGCGCGAGCUGCCCCUUUCAAGGUUGCGAUCUGACGCAGUGUUUUGGGCGCCGCGUCAGUUUGCAACCUGGAAAGGGGUUGCUCGCAACGGCUGCCGCGCACGUGAAUUUGCAUUUCGUGCACCCUCAUUGUCAGGCCAACUUGAAGAAGGCCACCAAGACGCAGGCGCAGCCGAAGAAGCGGGGCGUCGCGCAGUCGAAGCAGAAGGGCAAGAGCAAGGGCAAGGGCGAGCUCACAUUGGCCGUGUACGGUGCGGAGGGCAAGUCGUUCAACGAGAAGAAGGAGCUCUUCAGGCAGUAUGGCGACGGGAUGGAUCCGAUCCAGCUGCGCGCCAUCUUUACAGCCGAGGAGGUGAAGCUCCUGCACAACCAGUUCAGGACGGCCCGCAAAGGCAACGAUCGUGUCUCCACGGCCUUCGAGGAGGCCGACAAGUUGGGAGUGCGGGAGGGGAAGAACAAGGCGAAGCUCGGGUACGUGAUGGCAUGGCUCAAGGAUGCAUCCGAUCUAGACCCGCGCGUGAUCUCCGAAGCGCUCAGGAUAAACAUCGCAGCUCUGCAGGACCCCUCGAUGCAGGAGGCCUUCUGGGAGCUCUCGGUCAGCACCGCGACCAGCGAGGGCAUCAAGCGCAAGUCGGUCUGGAAGCCGUGGAAGCAGAUGCUGGACAAAUACGGCGAGGAGGAGGCGGAGGAGCGGCUGGAGGCUGGAUCCAUCAAGGUCAGGCGCGACCCAGCCCAUCCCAAGAGGAGGCAAUACCUUGACGUGGAGGACGAGCACGAGAAAUCGUUCAGGCGCGACAAGGUCGGCACCGCGCGCGGCAGGAAGGCCAUUGACAACGACGAGUUCCAAAACCUGUCGUCUGGUCUGGGGUCCGCCAAGAUGGUCGAGGACAUCCGCAGAGGAGCUACGUUGCUGCUUGGACCGAUGGCGACAUAUACAACAUCUAGAGGCGAUUUCCAGAACAUGGGCUACGAGAGCAACGACGAGCAGGCCAAGUCGGUCAAGAUCUCCGACUGGCAGGGCGUGCUUGCGACGGGCAAGCCGCAGAUGAUGAACUACCAGGUCGCCGUCGAGACCAUGUCGAACAUGUACCUCGCCUCGACGGGCCUCGUGGAGAAGCUCCAGCAGGACAUCAAGAAGGCUGCGAACAAGGUCAAGAAGGACCAGCUCGAGAAGGCCAAGAAGGUGCUCGCGGACGUCCGCAAGAACCGCGACGUGCUCGGGGACUUGAAGACAGAGGAGAGCCCGUCGCUGGUGGGGAUGCAGAAGGCCUGCAACAACAUGUACAAUGCGUUCGCUGCCGUGAAGCAGCUGAACUUUGCCGACGAGAUGGAAACGCAGGCCAUCAAGAUCACGGAGGCGAUCAAGGCGAUGCACGCCCAGAAGGCGAAAGUCACCAAGGCCAUCGCUCACACCAAGCACGUGGCGCUCAGCCCUGGCAGCUCAGAGGAGCAGCGAACGGCCAACUUGCUCACCCUGCACUACCACGACUCGAGGAUCGACCUGGUCACAAUGGAGCUGCAGAAGAUCAAGGGCCUCUUGCUCGACAACUCCAGCGUGAAGAUGGGCACCACGGAGGAGAAGACCGCAACGCAGUGCGAUUCGCUCAGCAAGAUUGUGCAGCUCACCCAGCAGUACGACAAGCAGCUCACGAAGCAGAGCAUCGAGCAUGGUGGCCAGCUGCCGUGGGAUGCAAAUGACGAGGACACGUGGGUGCAGUACGGUUGGCAGCGAAAGGACGACUCUAAGUGGAUCUCGCCAACUGUCUGGAACGCGUUCGACGUCAAUGAUCCCGCUACGUGGGUGCCCUUCGGCUGGGCCGACUACAGCGCCACCUCCGACGCGGAGUCUGAAACUAGCGCUCGCGAGGAUGUCGAUGGGCGGGGCCGCCCUGAAUUCUCAGUAUUCGCUUCUAUGCUGUUGAGGGAAUGGUCGUGGGGCAAACUCUACGGCGCGGAAGUUCAGAGAUAUGCCCUCGCGGCGUUCAAGGACGGCCUGACAUCUUACAGCGAGGAGUUUGAGAGGGGCUUCGUAGAUUGGCCCGGGGCCGAGGAGCUGCUGUCAAUGGCGCGCCGCUCCGGCCUUCGGGAAGUGUGGCCGAGGGCUGUCACCGUCCCAAUGGGAUGGUCCUGGGCGUUCUUCCUGGGGCAGAAGGCUUUGGAGAACCAGAUUUCAGUGGCCCUCCAGGGGCGGCCCCACGGGCAGCUCCGCGACGCCGGGCCACUCCCUGACAUCCUGGGCGGGGUGGGCGUUUUGCCGUACUGCGACAACCUCAACGUGUACGGCGUGAGUCGCGAGGAGGUGCAGCAGGCCAAGAAUUUGGUAGUGGGCCAGCUUCGCCGCGUCGGCUUCAGGGUUCACGAGGAGACCGACGCUUCGACCGACCGCGAGAGCCUGGGCCGGAAGCUGGACGGCGCCCGCUGGCUGGUCAUGAACAAGCCGGAGCGGGCGGCUCGCCUGCAGCGGGCGUGCCGGCAUUUAGAAGGCUGCCGUCGAGUGACUGGUCACAUGGUCAGGCGGUGGCUCGGCCAUGUCGUGGAUCACUUCCUCAUCAUGCGGGAAGGUUUGUCGCGCCUCGGGAGCUGCUACGACUUCGUGGAGAAGGUCGGCGGGCAGUGGGCCGAGCCUUGGGCCUCUGUCAGGAAGGAGGCGAGGUGGGUGAGGGUGCUCACUUACCUCUGCGCGGCCGAGCUGUCCCGCGAAUGGCACCCUGAGGUCCUUUGCGCUGACGCCUGCGAGAGCGGGAUUGGCGUUGCUAGUCGCGUGAUUCCAGUGCAGGAGGUCGCGAAGUUCGGUUGCAUAUCAGAGCGUUGGGACCUCGAUACCGUGAUCCCCAUGGGCCCCGGGGGCGAGUUGGAGAUGCUCGAGGGAAACAAUAAAUUCCAAGAGGUACCGGAAGGCAUCACUGACCAAUCCAAGUGGCACGUCAUUUUGUCGACGAGGCUUCAUCGGGAGGAGGGGGUGCCGACGAAGGAGGGCCGGGCCACGCUGCUGGGGAUGAGGUGCAAGCUUCGCCAUGCAGGGACUUUUGGAAAACGACAUUUGCUUCUGGGGGACCAGCUGGGGAACACUGUGGCUUUCGAGAGAUCCAGGGCUCGCAGCUAUGCGAUCCUCACUCUUGUUCGUCGAGCCUCCGCCUUCGCCAUUGCCACUGGCUCCAGCUGGUACUUCCGGUGGGUGCCGUCCGAGAGGAACGCGGCAGAUGCGCCGGCCCCGCCUGGCGCCGGCCGCCGAAGCCGCCCGGCCUUGGCGCUGACGCAGCGCAGCCAGGGGGCGGGCCCCGCGGUCCACAGGGGCCUCCGCAGGGCGCAGCCGCCAGCGCGGCCGGCCAGCCAGGUGGCCACGAGGCGGGCUACCACGCUGCCCCGCGGAACGGCCCGCCCCCUGGUCUCGGGGGAGACCCGGGAGGAGCGACGCGAGAAGCGGGCGCGGGUAUUGCCCCCGUUCCAACCGAGAGAGACCAGCGACCAGCUUUCCAUGUUGGAGUCGCACGCUGCCACGGAGCGGACGCUGGCGCUCUACGAGAGCUGGUGGAAGGAUCUCCAGGAUUUCGUGCAGUCGAUGGGGGCGUACACGCUGGACACCGUGCAGAAUGCAGACUCUGCCAUGGUGGACUUCGCGGACUUCUUGUUCAUGGAGGGGUUCGAGGUCGCGGACAUCUGGAAGGCGUACGCGGCGGUCGUGUGGCACCUUGUCGACCUCUCGCCAUGGGGCCGGCUCCGGCUCCCAAGGUUCGCGCGGGCCAUGAGGGGGGCGCGCCAUCUCGACCCCGGCGUGACGACCCCCCCAGUGCUUUGGGAAGUGGUCUGCGGCCUGGCGCUGUACGUGUACGAGGCCUUGGGCAGCAGGAUCGCGUGCCUCGCCUGGAUCCUCCGGCCAGCAGACCUUCAUGCGCUGCGGGGCGAGGAUCUGGCGGCCCCUGCGGGGUCCAGCCAGUGGUGGGCCCUCAACCUGCACCCGGCUGGGCGCGGCGACGAGUCGAAGGUCGGCCUGAGCGACGAGAGCUUGCUGUUGGACGCGCCGUACCUCCCAGGCCUCGGCGCAGCGCUGGCCGCGCUGGCGAAGGACCGCGAGGGCGAGAAGCUUUUCGACAUCUCGCCGGCGGAGCUGCUGAGGCUGUGGAACCUCGCCCUCGGCGGCAUCGGGCUCCCCGCCAGGCAGAGGUGCGUGCAGUACCAGCUGCGCCACGGCGGGCCCAGCCAUGACCGCCUGACGAAGACACGAAGCGCGAAGGAGGUGUGGCGGAGGGGUCGCUGGGCGAGCGCCAAGUCUGUCAAGAGAUACGAGGCCAGCGCCCGGGUGCAACAGGAGAUGCAGAGGCUUCCAGCCGCCGUGCGCGCCUACGUCGAGCGGGCGGCUACUGCUUUGCCAGCGUUG